UUCUUAUUCUCCGGAUCAGACGAGAACUACAUACACGUGUGCAAAGUUUUUAAUUUAACUUCAAUUUCGCCUUUAGUACUUCCGGGAUAUUUUUUUCUAAACUUUCUUUCUGGAAUAGCAGUCGAAAAAUGAUCGUAUACAUCCAGAAAUGAACACAGUACUUUCUGGUUUCCUCAUAUUUUUUGUAGGAAUAAUUGUAGGAAUAACCCAAAGAUUUCCAAGCUGUGGUGUCGAUGAGUACUGUACAAACCUUAAUGUGUGCCCACCCUUGAAGUACUUUGUGGAAUCGCUGGAAGACAGCUAUUCCAAACAAAUAAUAUUAUGGGAUAGACAAUGUGGUUAUAAUAAGUACUGCUGCCCAAAAAAAGCAAUAUCUAAAAGAUAUUCAAGCUGUGGCGUCUUUGAGUACUGUACAACCGUUAAUGGGUGCCCAACCUUGAAGUACUUUGUGGAAUCGCUGGAAGACAGCUAUUCCAAACAAAUAAUAUUACAGGAUAGAAAAUGUGGUUAUGAUAAAUACUGCUGCCCAAAAAAAGGCACCCAAAGAGCACCCAAUGAGUCAUGCAUCAGGCUUGAUCAGUGUCUCCGGUUGACUGGCCAAACAGGGACGAUGGAUGUUUUGAAAUCAUUUAUAAACCGCAUAUGUAAUAUGGAUAUCGGUCAGAAAUACUUGCUCUAUAGAGUGUACGUAUCCUGUCAAAGACAAGGUAAUAAUAUUCCGAUAGUACCCGAUCCACAAUACAGUCCUUGCAAAUCCGAUGAGAUGUGUCAAAGCAUCGAAAGCUGCGACACUUUGGCGCGCAUUCUGCAAGCCCAUAAAUCUAAAAAGGCCAACAAAAUACGAAUGGAAAGGCGAUGUGGCAGAAAUACUUACUGCUGCCCAAAGAAGGUAUAUCCAAAGUGUCAUCCCAAUGAAAGAUGCAUCCCAUUGAACAAGUGCCAUGAGAUCAAUAAUAUUUCGAAGCGACAUGGGCCCAAUUCAGUUGGUGACAGAUGGUGUGCCAUCGAUACCAGAAAGGAAGAUUUGGGGGAGCGCUUCUACACCUGCUGCCCUGAACCAGGUAACGUUCUGCCAUCUUCCUGUGGACAAGCCCCUCUAGAGUACCGAAUGGGAAAAGGCAGAGAGGCUAAGCAAAACCAAUAUCCUUGGAUGGCCAUGCUUAUCUACGAGAAUACCACACUUCCAUAUCCAAACAGCAUGACCGUCUGUGGGGGCUCCCUGAUCAACUCACGCUACGUGGUGACCGCUGCCCACUGUGUGGUCAAGAUUUACAGUGUGAGAGACGACUUGGUGCUCAAGAAAGUGCGGCUGGGCGAGCAUGAUACCAACACCAAUCCAGAUUGCAAUGGGGAACAAUGCGCUGCUCCCUUUGUGGAGAUCGACCUGGAGUUUUUUAAUGUGCAUAAUGCCUACUCUAACAACCCGGAGCUUAAAAACGAUAUCGCCUUGAUUCGCCUAAAAGUGCCAGUUCGGUAUACCAGGGAGGUUCAACCGAUUUGUCUGCCGAAAGAUCCCAUCCCCUUAUAUAAUAAACCAUUGGAAAUCGCUGGUUGGGGUCAAAUGGAAAACGGACAACCUAGUCAGGUGUUGUUGCACAGCACCGUUUUUGAAAACAGGUACUACUGCCAAAAAGUGAUAUCGAUCUUUCGCGACGAUACACAAAUCUGCGCAGGCGGCCACAGUGGAGAAAACACCUGUCAGGGCGAUUCCGGAGGUCCUUUGAUGGUAACCCUUCAUAACCGUGGCAACGAGGAAUUCGUAUAUCUGGCCGGGAUCGUUUCAUAUGGAUAUGGGCCUUGUGGUGGAGAUGCAGGUGGCUUCACAAAGACUGGAGCGUUUUUCAAAUGGAUAGCAGCAAACUUGAAGCCUUAGUUUAUUAUAUUCCCAUAUAUCUCAUAACAAACAAAGUAUACGCAACAGGAGAGCUGUUAUAUUCGCACAUAUCUAUGGAAAAUUCAAAGAAUGAGGCACGAUAACCAAGUAUGCAUGCAGAUAUGUUCAUUAGGUUAAAACCUAAUUUUAUUCUGAAUUUUAGUUUAUUAAGUUUUUCUAAGUUUUAAGUUUAUUCUAAACCAUAACAAUAAAUAUAAUCCACUUACUUAUUUUAAAUAGUCUAUUGCGUAAGGAAGUUACGAAGCUUUUGUGAAGUUGACAGUGCACUGAAUUCUCUAAUGCAUUGAUAGAUAAGCCGAGAAACACGGGCGAUAAUGAUUAAAUUUACAAUUGGGAUUAUCGUGUGGCACAACAAAUAGGCUUUGCCACCAAAAUACCAUCAGACCGAAUCAAAACAAAGCAUUCAUCAAAGUACGGCGAGAAUGGAAAAAGCGAGGAGGAAAAUACAAAAUGGAAAAAUGGGCAGGGAAAAGUGGAAAAAUUAAGAUGGAAAGUGCUCGAGCAAACCACGGUCCUAAGACAAAAGAUUUACAAUAUCGCUGGGGAAGAUUUAAAGGUGAUUUCCAAAGAUAUAUAUUGUGCCUGAGCAGCGAUAAAUAAACACAAUUCUUUGACUAUUUUUA